AUGAAAGGAUUCCUAGUCUUCUUAGGGCUUGCCCUUGCAUGCGUGUCUGCCCAUGAUGCCGGAUUAAGAGUCAAGUUCAAUGUAGGUCUUAGACCAGGCACAGACUUCUUCUUCGAUGUGCCACGCAAUGUCAUAGCUGCUCUUCUGCAGAGAUGGACCGUGACUGACCGUGUCCCUGGAUCCCGAUCCAUCCUAGUUCUCUUUUGCCCGGCUGACCGCGUCCUUUGCGCAUACUUCGAUGAAAAUGGCCAUGUAGCUGGAUUACAGAUUGCUUUGCGUCAAGAUGAGUUCACUGAAGGUGUCUAUGAUUGGUCAGUUCAAGGAUUCUCUGAAUGGGAACCCACUCCUCGCGAAGGAGAACCCGUUCUUAAAUACUGGGUGAAGUCACAAUUCUUCGUUUCCGAAGAAUAUCUUCAAAUAAGUGCUGAAGAACGUCGCCAGAGCUACGAUGACAAGAAGUUAUUGCAAGAAGAUGCUGUUUGGUUAAGCGGUUUUGGUGAAAAUCUCGAUAAAGUCAGUAACAAAGAAAGUGAUAUCGCAGAGAGUACUUACACGAAACAGGCCUGCAUCCCUUGGAUGGGUCGUCAUUAUUAUUAUAACAUGACUGAAAAUCUCCCUUGCCAAGCUGACUCUUUGUACCCAUGGUUCCCAUUGGUUCACAACAAGGAAUUGAUCGGAACUGGAUUCGUCAUUUUUGGAAAGUUGCCCAUCAAGGAAGGAGAACGUGAUUGGUUUGAGAGACCACCCAAACUAGCAGUCCAGCUUAUUGUACCUCGCGGACCUGAGUGUCUGUAUGAGUUGGCUUCCUCCCCCGGACUUGUUACCAUGCACGUCUACUACAUCAACAGACCUUGGAGUCUUGGCUGUCUCUUCCAA